UGUUGUUUUGGUUCACAGCUGAGCUGAUUUUGACAUACUGACUGACAAGUUGAGUUUUAGAAAACAAGACUAAGUGCUAGAAACAGCGAGGAUGGGAGGAGCUGUUAGCACCGGCGAGGACAAUAAUGAUCUGGUAGACAACCUGGUCGAGGCUGACUACAUCAAGACUCCCAUUGUGGAGAAGGUGUUCCGGGCGGUGGACCGCGCCGACUACUACCUGCCCGAACACCGCGACACGGCCUACAAGGACCUGGCGUGGAAGCACGGCCACCUCCACCUGUCGGCUCCCUGCAUCUACUCAGAGGUGAUGGAAUCGCUGGUGCUGGAGCCGGGCAAUUCAUUCCUGAACCUCGGCAGUGGCACAGGAUAUCUCAGUACAAUGGCAGGACUUAUUAUUGGACCAUAUGCUGUGAACCACGGUGUCGAGAUACAUGCAGAUGUUGUUGACUAUGCAAGACAGAAAUUGGAGGAGUUCACUAAGAAAUGUGAUGCAUUUGACGAGUUUGACUUCUGUGAGCCGAGCUUCGUUGUGGGAAACUGUCUCCAGAUUAACUCGGGCUGCCGGCUGUACGACCGAGUUUACUGCGGGGCGGCCUGUCCGCAGGAACAUGAAAAUUACAUGAAGAAUCUAAUUCGUGUCGGAGGAAUUCUUGUCAUGCCUUUGAAUGAUCAGCUACUACAGAUCCGGCGAACCGGUGAGACAGAAUGGGAGACCAAGCAAGUCCUUCCCGUAUCAUUCGCAACACUCGUCCUUCCAUCCAAGAAUUUAGGAAACGACAUGGUCGAGCUCCCUGAUUCUCUAAUGCAGUCACGAUUCCUGCAGGACAUAUGUAGGAUAUCGAUCCGAAAGAUCCUACGCGAGAACGUCCUGCAAGCUCACCCACACCUCCAGGGAAUCCGCAAGAAGAAAAAGAAACCAACGAAGAAGAAAUCACACCGCCGACAGAGGAUGAACAUUGUGCCAAUGAGCAUGGGUAUGAUGAUUCUUGGACAGUUUGACAGUGAUGAUGAUGGCCACUUCCGGUUGCACAGUAGCCAUAGCGACACCAUGAGACUGGAAAGCGACGAACCGGAUGAAGUGGAGGACAUGGCUGAAGACGACGUUGAUGAGAACAAAACUGAUGACACGAUGGAGGAAGACUUCACCGAGACCGGAACGAGCGACAACGGAGCCUCUGCCGAUGUUUUCGAGGACGCCAGCGAUGUUGUAGUCACCGAAUCAAAACUGAGCGAAAAUGGACAGCAGGAGAGCAAUAACAACAACAACUGCAGCAGAAAUGGAUCAAAAACGAGAGAUAAAAUCCGGUUCGUAACUGUGCCGGAAGAAUUCCCUCCGGUUCAGACCAAUGGAAUAGAGGAGCAGCCGAGACGUGAGAAGCUUCGUGAAAAGCAGAACAACAAUUCGUCCUGCGAUGAUUCCGGCGACGACAUGGACUUUGACGUCGUGGAGAUGCUGAAGCGGCACAGUCGCCACAAGGAGAGUCAGUCGAAGCUGCGAGUUCGAUCCUCAUCAAACACCAGUGGGGACACGUCCGAGACCUCGGGCAUCGGUUCGUUCUCCGAGACCUCGGCCAUGGGAUCGGUGUCAGAGACAUCGGUGCUCGGGUCUCUAGGGGAUGAACAUGAAGGCAACGUCUUGCACCACCUGAAAGCUUCGCCGGGGAGCAGUUUGGAAGACUCCCCUCUGGGGAAGGAUGUGGAAGAAGGGAUGGAUGUGAAUGUGAAGGAUGAGCCGAAGGAUUCGGUCGGCUUGCAUAUGAGACUGUGUAUAGAUGAGCUGCCCAUUCCAAUCGCUCUGAAGACUUUCCUCAAGUAUUACAGAAAUUGAUUUGAAAUUUAGCAAUAUUGUCUUUUUCUAAUAAUUAAGGCCUUUAAAAAAAAAAAAAAAAAAAAAAAACACGGAGCAUUAGAAUUAAGGUACAGUAAUCAAUUAAUAAAAUUUGUCCUGACCUACUUUUUUGUUAGUCAUAAACUUUUUAUUUCCUCCUCUUUUUGAUUUGAUUUUAAAAAGUUAAUAAUGCUGUAAAAUUAUCUAUGGACAAAUAGGGUGCAUUACAAUAAACAAAUUUUUGCUUUUUUAAAACAACAGCCUAAUGAUGGACAUGUAUAAUUAUUAAUGAUUUAUUAUAUUAUGCUUUCCAUUAUAUAACUAGGAACAUUGCCUUUGUUUAUCAUAUUACACUUAGUAAUAUGUAAUCAUAUUGCAUUAUGUAGUAUGUAAUCAUAUUGCUCUAUGUAAUAUGUAAUCAUAUUACACUAUGUAAUAUGUAAUUAUAUUACACUUUGUAACAAGUAAUGAUAAACAUUUUAUGAUUCUGUGUAAUAGACAACAUUUUAUUGUCAUGUUUACUAUAUUGCAACUUUGUAAUGCAUAGAAAUGAAAAUUUGUAUGCCUAUGUUUUGUAAAUCAUAUUACUCAAAGACUUUGUAAUAUGUAUUGAAGUGGAAAACAUUAAUGGCUAUGUUGUUUCUCCACAUUAUUUUUUUUGGGUAAUAUGUUACAAUAAACAUUUUAAUCCCACUGUAUUUUUAAAAUCAUGUUACACUUUGUAAUAUAUAUUAAUGAACAUAUGGUAAUGUUGUUUUCUCAUAAUACAUUGUAGUAUAAUUUCUAUGUUUAUUAGAGUAUACUUUGUAAUACAAAGUAUGUAAGAAUGGACAAUGGCCUACUAUUGGCAGUUGAUUUUGUUGUUUGUUUUUGUGAGAAUAUUGAUGUGAAUUUUCAGUGAACGGAAUGUUCAGUUUGUUUUGUUUGGGUUUUUUUGUAUGGUGAACUGAGUUUGAUUUGUUUGAAAUCAUUAGAAUAUUUUUAUACAUGUCUUUAUUUUUAAACCUGUGUAUGUGUUCAAACUCUGAUAAACUCUCCACUUAAUAAGUCAUCUUCAAUCAAUGUAAAACAAAACUUGUUUCUUUUUUAAAAAAACACUAAUAUUUAGCACUCUUAAUUUAACCCAGGGCCGUAGCUAGCAGGGGGAGCAAUGGGGGGGGGGGGGGCAGUUCCCCCCCC